AUCAUCAACAUCAUCAUCUGCCGAAUCAAGAUGCAAGCAAGCGUGAGAUACACAAAUAACAAUUACCCACAGAUACGACAACAAUAGUUUGGAAUGGACGCCGUGUACAUACAACAAUACAUGGACAUGGGGCCUGGCUACAGGAUCAGAAUGAACUGGCUCGGUUACCCAUCUUCUCGUAUAUGCAAUGUCCGUCCUCAUUAGCCACCUACCUGCUCUCGAGUUCCUCAACACGCUCUUUCUCGUCCCACCCACCAUCAUCUCCCAAAACCGACCUCGCCCAACACUUGCCCUCCUUCCAUGGAUCAUCCCACUUGACACCAAAACGUCUCCCACCGCCCUUUCACUUUUCUUUGCUAUUCUGUACCUAUGUAUGCAAACCUGUACAUGUACAUCGCUUCUGCGACCCGACCCUAUCGAAUCCCAUGUUCCUUGCACAAGCACAAUGUGUUACAACCUCUGACCCCUCCCCCCUUCCCCCCUCUCCUCGCGCCCUGGCAUCUAUGAUUUCCCUCGUGGCCUCACACGCUUUUGUCUCCCGUUACACGCAGCAGUAGUGCAAAACUCAUGGCAAAGUCCCGGCUUUUUCCAAGUUCCAAUCCCGGGCUUAUCAAUCACCAGACACAGAUAACAACAGUCUCGAACAAAACACAAAGGGGAAAUCGCAGAAUGAUGCGUGAUAAAUUGGAAUGAAAACGCCACAAGCGGAGCCGGGACCCCUUUUUCUAUCCCAGGAUUCUCACAGUUGGGAACAUGGGGGGAUACAGAAUAUUCCCGCAUUGGACUUUUCCAAUGGAUUUCAUUUUUAGUUGUUUUUCCUCUUUCUGAAGAUUUGGGUAACUUGUGUAGAUGCAGUGUGACGUACCUAAUUUAAGCUACAUCCCAGCACCAGCUCCCCCCAGAUAUGCCCUCUCCCCCUCUCCCUCUUUGUCUCUCUGUCAUGUGUACGUGUGUGCGCCUGUGUUUCUCUCGAGUCCUGCCGACCCACCAUGCGCUAACCUUGAGGGAACCCAACCCACCACGCACUUUCAUCAGCCCACCGCCUGUCCAUGCCUCUCCUUCCCUCUCCUUCAUCUUCCUACCUUCUGCAUUUCGAUUGAAAUAAGAACUUGUCCUAUUCGCUACCCUUCCCUCUCUCUCUCCCUCCCC